AUGGAUCCAUGGACCCGCAGAUUGUCGGAUUUCGAUUUCGCGCAAUGCACAUUUGUGGCUAAUGAGGAUGAAUAUCGGGCAGACAUCAUGGGUUGUAGUAUCACCAAGAUCACCCUAACUGUCGGUGCCGAUGUUGAACUCUUUAAUUACAUCUGUGGCGACCGGGAAACAAUAAGAAACAUGUUUGGCCGACUUCGGAUUUGUCACCUGAACCUUGUCACCUCGUCGGAAGGGUCGGCUGCUGCUGCUGCUGCUGCUACAGCCAAUGCUCGAGAACGAUCUCCUGAUUGUAAAUACAGGCAGAAGCAGCAGCGACGGCAACACAUUACAUAA